AUGGCUUCAACAAUUCUUCGAUCUCGCAUUUUAUCAAUCAUAUCAAGAUACAAUAAAUCUAAUCGCCGAUUCUUUUGUGCAAACAAGGAAUCCAUCAUCUCUUCUCAAUCAAUUAUAUCCGAUCAAUCUGCGGCGGCUGCGGCGGCGGAGGAAGCACCGGCGCAGGCUAUUGGUAGUUCGGAGAAUAAGGCGUGGAGUUUCUUCAAGUAUGGAAUUGUUGGCGCCCUCACUGGAGCCACUGCUUUUGCUGGCUACGCUUCUUACGCCUACAGCUUGGAUGAAGUGGAGCAGAAGAUGAAAGCGUUGAGAGAAUCAGUAAACUAUACUGCUGGUAAUGACGCGUCCAAUGUUGAGAAAUAUCAGGGUUUGCUAUACUCCACUGCUAUGACAGUUCCUGCUAAAGCAGUAGAACUUUACUUGGAUCUGAGGAGGCUACUGGAAGAACAUGUCAAAGGUUUUACUGAACCAACCUCAGAAAAGCUUCUUCCUGAUUUGCAUCCUGCUGAGCAACAUGUUUUUACUCUGGUUUUAGAUCUUAACGAGACUAUAAUUUAUAGUGAUUGGAAGCGUGACAGAGGCUGGCGAACAUUCAAACGACCUGGAGUAGAUGACUUCUUGCAACACCUUGGACGGUUCUAUGAAAUUGUUGUGUAUUCUGACCAGCUGAGUAUGUAUGUCGAUCCUGUUGUUGAAAGGUUGGAUUCAAACCACUUUAUACGAUAUAGGCUAUCAAGGAGUGCUACGAAGUAUCAGGAUGGCAAGCAUUAUAGAGAUCUUUCAAAACUUAAUAGAGAUCCAGGUAAAAUUCUCUAUGUGAGUGGCCAUGCAUUUGAAAAUAGCCUUCAGCCAGAAAACUGUGUCCCAAUUAAGCCAUUUAAGAUUGAUGAAACGGAUGAUAUACCACUGGAUACAGCACUUUUGGAUCUUAUUCCCUUUCUCGAGUAUGUUGCUCGCAACAGUCCAUCUGAUAUCAGAACGGUGUUGGCAUCUUAUGAAAGAAAGGAUGUAGGAAAAGAGUUCCUUGAGCGUUCUAAAGAUUAUCAGAGGCGAAUGCAAGAACAGAGGCAGCAAGGUCGCAUCUGGCGUCGUUGA